UAUUUUUAAAACAAAUCAGAGAUGGCGUUGAAUUUGAUGUCUCUAAUUAGGGCAAAUGGCAGGAGCAAUCUCACCCACACCAUGCAUCUUCUGUCAGAUUGCCCGCAAUUCCACGUCCACCACUCUCCUGCACUCGGUACCUUCAUUUUACUACGUCCUGCAGGACGACAAGGUCGUUGCAUUUCGAGACAUCAAUCCUUCUGCUUUCAGACAUUACUUGGUUAUUCCUGUGGAGCACAUUCCAACUGUCAAAGAUCUACAGAGGAGACAUGAAGACUACUCACUGGUAAGUCACAUGUUAAAUGUGGGUCAAACUUUGUUACGCCAGGAUGCACCUCAGUCCGAACAGUACAGAUUCGGAUUUCAUCAACCUCCAAUGAACAGUGUUGACCAUCUUCACCUCCAUUGUUUGGCUCUACCCUUCAAACCAAGAUGGAAACAUUUAAAAUACUUGUCUCUGGGGCCAUUAGGUGGGUUCAUUGAAGCUGAGAAGUUGCUGGAGAAGAUAAAGCCCUUUUCCCCAAUAUCUUCUUAGGUGUGGUUGUCCUAUAGUUUUAUUAUUAUUGUAUUAAACUUUAUUUUAAAAAGAAAUUGUAAGUUAUCUUAUGAUUUGUUGUUGUUAUGCUAACUCUUUCCGAUUUGUUGUUGUUAUGCUAACUCGUUCCCUAAUAAACUUUAGUGAAUUCUGUAAUUUGCACAUGUUCAUCAAAUUCUUUAUUGUGGUGAAUUAUGUGUGCAGGGUGCGGUUG